GCUUAAUAACCUUAUAAGGUAACGCUUUGAUUUGAGAGAUCACAGAAGCGGGACAAUGGCUUUGACUAUGGAGGAACACAGAGACUCUGUUAUGUCUGAACUGGAGAUACAGAUGAAGAAUGCUUCACCAGAGAAAUGUAUUACAUUAUCCAACAGCUCUCCAUCCGUCAAGAUGUUUUAUGCAUUGAGACUAAGAUUGGAGAAUACCACUGAGGCAUGGCUACGUGAAUACCUAGAGCGAGAUGGCCUGGACAUUAUGCUGAAUUCCUUGUGUGAAAUGACGGGGAGGGGCUUCACCAGUUUCUCAGAUGCUAUUCUUCAGCUGGAUUGUGUGUCCUGUAUCAGGGCCAUUCUCAAUACCAAUGUGGGCUUGGAUUUCAUGGUCAGGCAUGAAUAUUAUACUGCCAAACUUAUCCUGGCAGCUCUGAACAUGAACAAUACCCAUCCAAAGAAGCAAGUGUAUGAGAUUCUGUCUGCGUUGUGUUCAUAUAAUAAAAUGGGAUACAGGAGUGUCAUGAAUGCUCUGGAAACACUGAAAAAAGAGACAGACCAGACCUACAGAUUCAGUGCUGUUGUCAAUGAACUGAAGGCAGCAGAGACUGUCCCUCAUAAGACAGCCAUUCUGACAUUUAUCAAUUGUAUCAUCAACUGUACAUCAGAUCGUCAGGAGAGAAACAGGAUCAGAAACGAGUUUAUUGGACUAAACUUGUUGGACGUGUUGAAUUUUCUGCGCAAAGAGGAAGUAGACAAUGACCUUCAUCUUCAGUUACAGAUCUUCCAUGAGAAGAAGCACGAAGAUGAGGAAGUGUUAAAUGAUCAAAAUGAAGUGGAUUUCAACAGUCCAGAGGAUCUGGUAGAACUCAUACAGUGCAAGAUAUUUGGAACUCCUAAAAUGGUAUCUUUCCUGAAUAUUUUGCAAGAUUUGUUGGCCAUUGAACACAUUUACAGUAAAAACAGUGCUAAGCUUUGGAAACAGAUUGAUAACUUGGUACAUCAGUCAGUCCAUGCUUGCGAGCAAAGCCAACUGCCAGGGUCUAUAGAAACUCCAGCCAUGGAACUGGCCAGUCUCCCUGACCACAUUAACAAAGGAUUACAGUACAUUCAGUCCUACCAAUCAAGACCACAUUCUCUAAAUCCAGACCCUCUCAUGGGAGGUGCUCAGAUGAGUAGGGUCAAUAUACGACAGAUCUCCCAGAGAAACCUGGACCCCUGUAAAUAUGAGAAUGACACUGGUGUAGAACUGACCCAUAAUCGAGAUCCUAGGUACAACAAGUUCAACAAUGUGGUCGACAUGAUAGCUUACAUGGACCAGACUCAGUAUGAUAAUGUGUCGUUCACUGACGAUGGUGCUAAUAUGACAAAUACCCCAACAAAUAAGUCUGCCCUACAGAGGAGAUACAGGAUCAAAAGACCACCCCUCCCACCACCCACCAAGAAAAUGAAGAAUGUCCCUUGGGUCAAAAUUUCAGACGAGGUCAUAGACAAGUACAAAGACUGUUUGUGGGUUGUGUCAGCUGAUAUCAAUGGAAUUACACCAGACUUUGGACAACUGGAGACUAUGUUCCAACAGGGAGAUCAACAGUAUGAGGAGGUCAAUGAAAUAGUGCUUUUGAAUACAACAACCAGACAGAACAUUAACUUGUUUCUGAGUCGAAUGGAGAUUGGUCCCGAAAAACUGAUAGAGAGUCUGGAGAAAGGGAACCCAGAAGUGAUCAGUGUGCCUACACUACAAUAUCUGAUGAAGGUGCUGCCUCAUACCGAUGAGAUAGCAAUGCUACAGAAAUAUGAAGGAAGGAGACUACAGCUGGGAAUGCCGGAGCAGUUUGUGUUGUUACUGGCCGAUAUCCCAGACUACCAGGUCCUCAUAGAGGGUCACCUGACCAAAGCCGAGUCCACCACAAGUCUGGAGAAACUCGAGGACUCACUGAGCUCUCUCAAUGCCCUAUGUAAAGUGGUGCUGGAAAACCAACAGUUCAAGCACUUUCUACACUUCUUGUUGUGUGCUGGGAAUUUUCUGAACUAUGGAUGCUUACAAGGAGAUGCUGCUGGUAUUAAGCUGUCCAGUUUUGAGCGACUGAUGGAGGUGAAGUCGGGGGUUCCCAAUCAGUCCCUAUUACAUCACCUGGUUAAGGCCAUCCAUGACAAAGAUGAUUCCAUGCUCAAAUUCAUCCCAGAGAUGGGGCAACUGGACAAGAUCACACUGUCAACUUUGGUAGAGAUUAAGGAUGAGAUAAACAAGUUUAAUAAACAGCUGAGUAAAUUUAUGAACCACCUGGUCACAGCUAACAUCAAGUUGAGACAAAGGUUCCACAUGUUUAUUGAGGAGGUGAAGCUAGAGCUUUUAACCAUACAAAGUGCUACAAAUCAGCUGAAAACCUUGACCCUGAAAAUGGCAAACUUUUUCUGUGAAGACCAACAGAGUUUUGACCUAGAAGCCACACUUCAGUGCUUGCAUCGCUUCUGUAAACAAGUUAAGCGAUGCCAAAAUGAUAAUGCCACUUUUAACAAACAAAGUCAACUUGCUAAGAAAAAAAAUGACCAGAUUAAAUUCCAUGUAAAGAACAGAUUUAUGGCUUUGGAGUUUGGAAGAGAUGCAGGGGCCAGUUCCUCUAUUCUAGAAGACAAACACAAAGUGUUAGAAAAGAUUUUGGAUGACCUUCACCACGGAAACUUCCAUCCUGUGGUGAAGUCAGAGGUUGUGUCCCCUGACAUCGAUAUCGAAGCUCUGGAGUUCAGUGAAAUCAGCUUCAUUGGCAGUCCCGUCAGCAGACGACCAGUGUCAGAGGUCAUGGACGAGGAUUUCUUGACCCCAACACUUAAACAUGUCAAUAUCAGGACCAGUUCUGCAGCUGACAUACUGUCAGAUGAGCCAAAGUUUGAGCAAGAGCUGAUCACAACAAAAGAAGCUUCCCCAGAAAUAAUGGGAGACCUACCCCUUAUUGCAAAGCGAGUGGAGGAACUGAAGGUCACAGGGAAGAGGCGGAGUCACAGCCGUAGUCGUAGCGACCUAACAGACUCCAUUCUGAUCACGGAGAAGUGGAUGAAGUAUGAGGAGCUGUUGCACCAAGAGUCCAUGCAUGAGGAAGGAGCCGCUCCACUUGCUGAGCCAGAGAGCAUGUGCAACAUAACGUCCCUAAACCUGGAAAAUAAUGGAAAAUCUGUGGACCUAGAAGAUCUGAAGUAUUAUGAGGAGCAGCAAAAGUAUGAUUACGCAGAAAAUAUCUGUUGUGUCCAAGAAGGUCCAGUUCUCAAGAUGCCAACAGAAAAGUUGCAUGUUGGGAACAUGGAGUGCAAACCAAAACCAGAGAGAAAAUCAUCUGUCAGUAAUUUCUUCACCAAGAUUUCAAGGGCGGUACUGAAACCUAGGAAUACGCCAGAGGCUGAGGCGCACAAAGGAAAGAAGGAAAAGUUUGGGAUGUUUGGUAGGAGGAAACCACUGGCAUCUGAUGACAAAGAGAACAUACCUUGUAAAGAAAAUAUAGUUACCACUGCAGAGAAAAGGUUUGCUUCCCGGGAGUACAAGAGAUUUAAGAAUGAGAAAUCUCGAGUUUUGAAACAAGUCAAGUAAAUGGCUUGAUUCUUUUGUUCAGCCACAAAUGUGUUCCAAAUAAUUUUACACUUUGAAGAUUUUUUUUCCACAUUUUUAUUAAUAUUUUUCAUUACAGUAUUUUAAAUGUAUACUUUUGUAUUAUUUGUCUUUUUCCCCUCUUUAGGUUUUUUUUUUUUUUUUUGUCAAUUAAUUUUGUCUCAAAAUAGAAUUUUUUUGUGGUAGUUAGUUGAUCUCUGGCAGAUCUGGAUUUUCUUUGGUUGUGGUAAUGUAGGUAGAAUUAGUCAAUGAUGGUGCAAUAGUGAUGGCUUGUUUUUGCUUAUUACUGUGAUAAAGAUUUUGUGAUACAGAAUUGAUGUAUAUUUAAAUGAUUUAUUGUCAAGCUUUUACAUUUAAGAAAUAGCCUUUUUUGCUUAUUUACAGGGCGUUAAAUAUUAUCUGCAAAUAAAAAAUGGACUUGCCUUUAUAACAAGGGCAUAUACAGGUAAAAUUAUAUUUUCAUAUAUGUCUCUUUUAUUGUAUAAUGUGUUGCUUUGUUGUUUGUUU